UUUGAAAGAGAGAUAAGAAAAAACAAAAGGCAACAGAGAAGAGAGCAGCAGCUGGAUUUGUAUCAUAGAAGAAAUGGCCUCAACAACAACAUGCACCCCUCUCUCUCUCUCUUCUUCAUCCAAGGCUCCUCGUCUUCAGCCACCACCUUCCGGCGCCGGCGUCACCAUUCCAACUCCUCCUCCUCUGCCUCACCUCGCCAAGACUACUACGUCCAAUUCUAGGAACAUUGGCCGGAAUGUGGCGGCCAUGGCUACCGGAGAGGUGUCCGCGUCUGAAGUGGUUAACGUUGCUACCAUUGAGACCCCUGAAAUAGUUACAAAAAUUCAACAAGCAUGUAGUAUGACGUCAUACUUGCAGUGGGAGAAAGUUGAAGACAAGUACGCCGUUACUUCUUUGGCGGUGGCCGGAGGAGUUGGACUCGUUGCCUGUGCCGGAGCCAUCUCCGCUAUUGACAGGCUUCCAUUUGUACCUGGACUUCUCGAGCUCGUAGGAAUUGGAUAUACUGGCUAUUUUGCAUAUAAAAAUCUGGCCUCGAAACCAAGCAGGGACGCUCUGAUUCAGAAAAUAAAAAAUACAUACAAUGAUAUAAUAGGGAGCAGCUGAGACCAAAAUAGUGCAGCUAUUCAGUGUACAUUUUAUAUUACUCGUCUGUAUAAUUGUUUUUUCUUCUUCUAAUUUUAAUAAGAAAGGGAACAUUGUUAUUUUGAUCAUAAACAAACUUUUGAUCAAUUCAUAACUUUUAAAAGUGGCGAAUGUGUUUAUAUAUAACUUUUGUACA